AUGUCGGACGUCACACCUUCAAGCGCAAGUGACAUUGAGAAGAAUGGUGUUCGGGAAACACGCACAGAGCAUGUUGAGGAUGAGGAGAAGCACGUCAAUAGUGCUCUUCGCAUCGAUGGCGACGAUGAGGACCACAUGCACGAGCCACCGAUGACAUUCAAGCGCUUUAUGAGUUUGCUUGCUAUGGCAUUCCUCUGGACUGGCAGCCAGAUUCCAGUAUACAUCUUCGGUUCAAUUCCACCAUAUAUCUACGGCGAUAUUGGUGGCGUCGACAGGUGGAUUUGGUUCGUCCUCGGCAACCUUCUGGCCCUUGCAGGUGUCUGCCCGUUCGUGGGCUCGCUUUCAGAUCUUGUUGGUCGUCGAUAUGCCGCUCUGCUCGGAGGAUGCUUUCUUUGCAUCGGGACUGUCGUUGCGACUUGUGCAAAGGACAUGAACAUGUUCAUCGCCGGAACAACCAUUGCUGGUGCAGGCGCCGGCAUUUGUGAGUUGACAGCACUGGCUGUGACAUCUGAGCUUGCCCCAACUGCCAAGCGCGGCAAAUACGUCGCCAUCCUCAUCUUCACGAUCAUUCCAUUCGUCCCAUCUGGACUUUAUGGUCAGUUGAUCGCGGCAUACGCUGGCUGGCGCUAUUGCGGCAUCAUCAUCUGCACGUGGUGCGGCAUCGGCACAAUCUUCACUGCGCUCUUCUACUUCCCACCACCGCGUCCAAACUCCAAGGGCAAGUCAACGAACGAGAUCCUGCGCGAAAUCGACUUCGUGGGUGGUCUCCUCAGCAUCUCCGGCAUGGUUGUCUUCAUGGCUGGAAUGCAGUGGGGCGGCUACCAGUACGCCUGGGACUCUGCGCACGUUCUUGCGCCACUGAUCAUCGGAGCUGGCCUCCUCAUCGCAUUCGGCUUCUGGGAGGUAUAUGGUGCCAAAUUCCCCAUGUUCCCAUCCCGCCUCAAGCAGGAUCCUCGAAUCUUGGGCCUGACUCUGGUCAUCACCUUCAUCUCCGGCGCCAACUUCUUCGGCUACCUCAUGUUCUGGCCCACUCAGGCAUUCAACGUCUACGGCCACGAUCCCGUGCAGGUCGGUCUGCGCGUCCUCCCUGGUGGCAUGGCCAUCCUUACAGGUGCUUGCGUCGUGUUGUGGCUUCUCAGCGUUUUCCGUGGCCGCAACAAGGAGCUCAUGAUCAUUUCCUGCAUCCUGAUGACGGCUGGAACCGCUUCCUUGGCCUGCGCUACUCCUGACAACAUGGACAAGCUCUGGGGUCUUUUGAUCCUCGGCGGUUUCGGAAUUGGUGGCAUCGUCGUUCCAGCAUCCAUCAUUACAACCAUCAUCUGUCCCGAUGAUCUGAUCGCCACAGUGUCUGCACUGACCCUGUCCAUCCGCGUCAUUGGUGGCAGCGUCGGCUACUGCAUCUACUACAACGUCUUCGUCGCCAAAUUCAAGGUCUACGCACCUGAGUUGAUCGGAGGUACUAUGUACAAGCUCGGAAUUACCAACGUCACCUACAUCACCAAUGCCAUCAUUCUGACCGGCGCUAGCUUGUUAGAGGAGAUGAAGGCGAUUCCCGGCCUGGAAAACGAGACGGCAUACAACAUGGUUGUCCGUGCUGGUCAGGAAGCGUACUCGAUGAGCUAUCAGUACGUCUACUUGGCAUCUAUUGCCGCUGGAGUCAUUAGCAUUGUCUGUGCGUGCUUCUUGGGAGAUAUCAACAAGUAUAUGGAUGAUCAUGUUGCUGUCGUGCUUCAUUAA